AGAAGGCCUUGCUGGACCUGACGGCCCACCACUGCUCAGAGGAAAUUCAGGGCUAGACCUCCCUCCCCUCAGUUCCAGGCGAAAAAGAGUGACGUGGUCUUGAAUAACAUUCCUCUAUAAGUGGCAUUACCAGGUGUAGCCUGAGAAUGAAACACAGACAAUAGUCAGGACUGAUCAGAACUGAUUUCUAAACACUGUUGAGCACAAGAUCGGGAUGAAGAUGAGUCAGGAAGUAUAUGCAAAUGCAGGAGUUACUGCAAAGAACACAUCUCACUCAGAUGAAGACGUUAAUGAAAAUGAGCUAAAAUUGGAGAGUCGCUGGAGCAAGAACAACCAGGAUCCUGCGAACUCAGGUGAAGAGAAUAUACACACACACACACACACACACUUACAAAUUUUUUUAAUGGAAAAUAAUAGGUGCCUCCUACAUAUUAUAUAUUACUGAAAAGUCUGGAUUUAGAUUUAUUAGAUUCAUUUAUUGCAUUGAUUUUAAUGUUACUUUGAUGGAAUAAAAGUGCUGAUUAUUGUUCUAUAACAGCAGCUCUGAUCACAGCUCUGGCUAUUAGGCACAUCACAGGAUUAUUUCAACACACUUGCUCCAAUAUAUUAGCCUUUCUAAAGUAACAACACAGGGAUCUCACCCUAGCUGUUUAUAGCUGCCGUGAUUACAUUUGCAGAAACUAAUACAUAUCACAGGCAUUCCACAAUAUUCAUUAACACAUAUACACCUACAGUAUAUGGAGUAUAUCAGUACAUAAUACAAUAUAUUAUAUGCUUGCCAUUUUCUAAUCCCUAUCUCUAAUUACUUUAUUGAGCCAAGCGUUUAGAUUCAACAACACAUUCCUUUGUUCAUCUUCAUACUGGUCAGGGUUGCAGGGGCUAUUGAGCUAAUCCCCAUAACACUGUGAGGAAGUGAGGGAUAACAGUCCAGUGCAGUUCAUAAUAUCUUUACAGUGUUCAAUAUGAAUUGUUUAACUCCACAACUUCUAACAAUAGAUGAAGGUUCUAAAAAUUAUUAAAUGGCACAUAAAUUCAUAGAAAAAGUAGUUCUUCUUUAAUCUGCUGUCAAAAAGGAGCAAAGAAAGGGGAAUGAGGAAGUGAAAGGCAAUACUUUAAUCUUGGUUUCAUCAACGGUGCCUAAGCCGAUCUUCUCAGAGACUCAUUCAAUGUGUUAAAGCGUGUGUGUAAAUAACACCUGUAUGUUUUUACUGGAAAAGUACUUAGACUGCAGGGUCAAUAUAAAAACAAGCAAUUUAAAACUCUCAAUUAAAGAAAACUGUUGUUGAUUCAAGAUGGUAAGAAUGAUACUUACCGGAGUUGGACUUAAGGUAUAGAAAAUGAGCAAUGUGAUUAAAGUAGAUUUUCAUUGGAAUUUCCCCAAACUUGAUAAAUACAGGCAUGAGAUGAUAUGACCAAUUGUUUACUUCAUAGAGUUAUAUUAGUACUCAUUAAUUUUUUUGCAUGAAAAAAAUAUAUUUUAGUACUAAAGGCCAUCAAAAUCCAAAGCAGAUGUUUAGCUGUUGUGUAGCUGAUUUUGGUGUGAAAAGUAAAACACAAAUCUUUUUGUCAUGUCAAUGCUGGAAUCGGCAUUGGACUCCAGUUUUCAGAAGACAUCUGACUACACAUUCCAAGUUCACAUUAAAUGAGUCUUGAAGACGUGAUCGGAUGUGGUCUGGGAUCCAUAUGGCCAAGUCACAUUUGUAGUGUGAAUGUGAAUGUGUUUUGCUGCAUCCUAGACAACUAAGGACCGACUACAUCAUUGCAUUAAUCUUUACAUAAUCUAGCCUGGGUAUUGCUGAUGUUUGCCUGUUUAUUCACAACUCUUGUGGUCCAUUUUGUAUCCUUCUCACAUAAUCUUAUAGUGUAUGAAAGAGACUUUUGAGUAACUAUCCUAACACAGGUCACAACCUAUAACAAGAAAAACAAGGAAACGGCAUGACAAUAAGAUGAUGAAAAAUAGGAAUGUAUAUAGUGGUGCUAAUUAUAGUGAAACUAGACACAGCUGAGGGUAAUGGAGAUAUAUGACUUGCUGGGGCUGAAGGGAGCGCCCCUUUGGUACUACCAAAGCAGAACCCUCUCCUUAAUGCAUGGCUCCUGAAGCACACUACACUGUUACAAGGCAGUCCUGAACAGUCAUGCGAGAUACUUUGAUAAAGGUCAUUAGGCCAACAAGGUUCCUCAGGAGUGAUGCAUAGUAGGAGGUGCGACAUUCUCCACAAGCCAGUGCUAAAGGGUGGCAAGUCAUCCAAAGCUGACCACAAGAAUGGUGUAAUAGUCAAAGUUGGAGCAGGAGGAAGUCUAAUUUUUGUACGUGUUCAGUUUGAUUAGCUGUUGUGAUUACACAAAUAAUAAAAAAAAUCCCACACAUUUCUGGGUCUGUUCCCCUUCAGGAGAUGACAAUACAAGGAGCAGGUGUUACAGAGUGACUUCAGUGUGUGUGCUGAUGCUGUGUGUUCUCCUGCUGACUACCACCAUAGUGCUGUUGAUUAAAUUCAACAACCUAAAAAUAGAAAUAGAGCAGUUACAGACCAGAUACAACACCAUGUCUAUAGAGAGAGACCAGUUACAGACCAGUUACAACAAAAUGGCUACAGAGAGAGACCGGUUACAGACAAGGAACAACAACCUGACUAUACAGAGACACAAGGUACAGACCAGUUACAACAACCUGACUGAAGAGAUAGACCAAUUAAAGAUCAAUUACAAGAACCUAACUAUAGAGAGAGACCAGUUAAACACCAGAUACAACACCUUAACUACAGAGAGAGACCAGUUACAGACAAAUUACAACAAUCUAACUAUACUUAGACACCAGAUACAGGCUAGUUACAACAACCUGACUGUAGAGAGAGACCAGAUAAAGACCAGUUACAAAAAACUGACUGUAGAGAGAGACCAGUUACAGAUGACUUACAACAAUCUUACUAUAGAAAGAGACCAAUUACAGGCCAGUUACAGCAACACGAUUUUUGAAAGAGACCAGUUACAGACGAGUUACAACAACUUGACUAUAGAAAGAGACCAGUUAAAAACCACUUACAACCACUUGACUGUAGAGAGAGACCAGUUACAGAACAGUUACAACAACCUGACUGUUGAGAGAGACCAGUUACAGGCAGGUUACAACCACCUGACUAUAGAGAGAGACCAAUUACAGAUCAGUUGCAACAACCUGACUAUUGAGAGAGACCAGUUACAUGCAGGUUACAACAACCUGACUAAAGAGAGAGACCAGUUACAGGCCAGUUACAACAACCUGACUGUUGAGAGAGACCAGCUACAGGCAGGUUACAACCACCUGACUAAAGAGAGAGACCAGCUACAGACCAGUUACAACAACCUGACAAUAGAGAGAGACCAGUUACAGAACAGUUACAACAACCUGACUCUAGAGAGAGACCAGUUACAGACCAGUUACAACAACCUGACUAAAGAGAGAGACCAGUUACAGGCAGGUUACAACCACCUGACUUUAGAGAGAGACCAGCUACAGACCAGUUACAACAACCUGACAAUAGAGAGAGACCAGUUACAGAACAGUUACAAACACCUUACUAUAGAGAGAGACCAGUUACAGACCAGUUACUACAACCUGACUCUAGAGAGAGACCAGUUACAGACCAGUUACAACAACCUGACUAAAGAGAGAGACCAGUUACAGGCAGGUUACAACCACCUGACUUUAGAGAGAGACCAGCUACAGACCAGUUACAACAACCUGACAAUAGAGAGAGACCAGUUACAGAACAGUUACAAACACCUUACUAUAGAGAGAGACCAGUUACAGACCAGUUACUACAACCUGACUAUAGAGAGAGACCAGUUACAGAACAGUUACAACAACCUGACUCUAGAGAGAGACCAGUUACAGACCAGUUACAACAACCUGACUAAAGAGAGAGACCAGUUACAGGCAGGUUACAACCACCUGACUAAAGAGAGAGACCAGUUACAGGCAGGUUACAACCACCUGACUUUAGAGAGAGACCAGCUACAGACCAGUUACAACAACCUGACAAUAGAGAGAGACCAGUUACAGAACAGUUACAACAACCUGACUAUAGAGAGAGACCAGUUACAGACCAGUUACAACAACCUGACUAAAGAGAGAGACCAGUUACAGGCAGGUUACAACAACCUGACUAUAGAGAGAGACCAAUUACAGAACAGUUACAACGACCUGACUGUAGAGAGAGACCAGUUACAGACCAGUUACAACAACCUGACUAUAGAGAGAGACCAGUUACAGAAGAGUUACAACAACCUGACUGUACAGAGAGACCAGUUACAGGCCAGUUACAACAACCUGACUAUAGAAAGAGACCAGUUACAGACCAGUUACAACAACCUGACUGCAGAGCGAGACCAGUUACAGGCUGAUUACAACAGCAUGACUAUAGAGAGAGACCAAUUAGAGACAGGUUACAAUAACCUGACUGUAGAGAGAGACCAGUUACAGGCAGGUUACAACAGCCUGACUAUAGAGAGAAACCGGUUACAGAACAGUAACAACAACCUGACUGUACAGAGAGACCAGUUACAGGCCAGUUACAACAACCUGACUAUAGAGAAAGACCAGUUACAGAACAGUAACAACAACCUGUCUGUACAGAGAGACCAGUUGCAGACCAGUUACAGCCACCUGACUCUAGAGAGAGACCAGUUACAGAACAGUCACAACAACCUGACUGCAGAGAGAGACCAGUUACAGGCAGGUUACAACAGACUGACCUUUGAAAGAGAUCAGCUACAGACAGGUUACAACAACUUGACUAUAGAGAGAGACCAAUUACAGGCUGGUUACAACAAACUGACUAUAGAGAGAGACCAAUUACAGACAGGUUACAACAACUUGACUAUAGAGAGAGACCAAUUACAGGCUGGUUACAACAAACUGACUAUAGAGAGAGACCAAUUACAGACAGGUUACAACAACUUGACUAUAGAGAGAGACCAAUUACAGGCUGGUUACAACAAACUGACUAUAGAGAGAGACCAGCUACAGAAAAGUUACAACCACUUGACUAUAGAGAGAGACCAGUUACAGACCAGGUAUAACAACCUGACUGUAGAGAGAGACCAGUUACAGGCUGAUUACAACAGCAUGACUAUAGAGAGAGACCGAUUAGAGACAGGUUACAAUAACCUGACUGUAGAGAGAGACCAGUUACAGACCAGUUACAACAACCUGACUAUAGAAAGAGACCAGUUACAGACCAGUUACAACAACCUGACUGCAGAGCGAGACCAGUUACAGGCUGAUUACAACAGCAUGACUAUAGAGAGAGACCGAUUAGAGACAGGUUACAAUAACCUGACUGUAGAGAGAGACCAGUUACAGACCAGUUACAACAACCUGACUGCAGAGCGAGACCAGUUACAGGCUGAUUACAACAGCAUGACUGUAGAGAGAGACCGAUUAGAGACAGGUUACAAUAACCUGACUCUAGAGAGAGACCAGUUACAGGCAGGUUACAACAGCCUGACUAUAGAGAAAGAAGAACUCCAAAGGCUUUCUAAACUGGGAUGGAUGUAUUUCAACUCCAGCAUUUACUACAUCUCUAAUGAGGAGAAGAACCAGACUGAGAGCAGACAGGACUGCAGUGAGAGAGAAGCAGAUCUGGUGAUCAUUAACAGCACAGUGGAACAGGAGUUCAUCAGUAAAUUGCUGUGCAGCAGAAAAGCUUGGAUCGGUCUGAAUGACAGAGAUGCCGAGGGCGAGUGGAAGUGGUUCGAUAAUACACCACUGACCACUGGAUAUUGGGGACGUGGUGAACCCAACAGUAAAGCAGGAAAUGAGGACUGUGUUAUCACAGGUGAAAUGUCUGAUCCUGUCUGGAACUGGGCUGAUUAUCCCUGUGAUUAUGAAUUUUUUUGGAUCUGUGAGAAGGAUCUAUGCCAGAAAAACCCUCAUUAUUGUUAAUUUUUUUCUUUCUGAGCCUAUUACUCCUUUUGGAUUUGUUCAGGAAAUGGUACAGAUUCUACAACAGCGAUGUGUAGGCAUGAAUGUAAAUGUAGUUUAGAUCUAUUAAUAAAUUACCCAGUGUUACUGUCCAUCCGCCCUUCGCUUUUGGCGUUCUUCUCUGUCCUCACAUUAUUUUGUAGAAAUGCUACAAGAUCACAGGGAAAGAAAAUCCUAAUAAAUGUCAGUGCACCACAGUUCAUUCGUCUCUGCUUGGUUUUAACUAUGACACAGUAUUGUAAAUUAUUAUACCGGUACUAAAGCAAUAUACCGAGUGAUUUAGGUAUUCAUUGGGAUUCUUUUGGUCUGCAGGGUUAUGCAGUGUACUGAGACAAUAAAAAUGUCCCAUUGCAAUAUUGUUAAUUGCUUGA